AUGGAUUAUCCAUACCUCAACCAGUCCAGCUUCGAUGCUGCGAACUGCGGACUUUCAUCCAUGGAUUCGGGUCUCGGCAAUCCAUGCAACAUCCCGUGUUCGUAUCCCGAUUCGGCCAACAUGUUCUCUCAGAUGGGCCAGGGAUACGGGCGGUACAACGGGGUUCGGUCCUUCCCCACCAUGGGUUCGAACCCACCCGGGCUCGGCCCGGCUGGGAGUUGCAGUAUGGUGCCCAGGCCACGUGAUCACCACCCGCAGCCGCCAGUCUUUGGGUCAGAUAAUGAUGCACGGUACAGACAGCCAUACACACCACCACAUACAUCUUCGGGAUUACAUCUUCUGGGACUCCCCUACAAGAUGUACCAACACAGUCACGACAGUUCCGUCAGCCCGGAGAAGAGAAAACAGCGACGAAUCAGGACGACGUUCACCAGUGCCCAGCUUAAAGAACUCGAGAAGGCCUUUGCUGAAACUCACUACCCCGAUAUCUACACGAGGGAGGAGAUCGCCAUGAAGACGGACCUCACGGAAGCAAGAGUUCAGGUUUGGUUUCAAAAUAGGCGAGCGAAAUUCAGGAAAAUGGAAAGGAUGAAGCAACAAUCCCAGAGCAACUCCAAUUCUGGAUCGUCCUCUGUCAAACAGGAGCCCAGCAGCAACAGCGGCGGCAGCAACAAUAACAACAGCAGCAGCAACAACAACAACAGCAACAACAACAACAGCAACAACAAUAACUCCGCGUCGGCGAACAAUAACAAUAACAUCAGCAACAAGGAGAAAGUGAAAUCCAUCGCUCAGAACGAUGACUCACACUCACACAAUCAAGUCCAUGGUAGUCACGAAUCAAAAUGGAACUCUCCAGUCUCACAAAACCCUCAAGGCUUAAGUAAACAAAACCACUCCCACAAUGCACCUCCGCCAUCUUUACACGGCCCGUUCUCCGGUAUUCUGGGCGGGCCCGGGCAUGACUAUCACUCAGUGAGUUCAUUGGACAAAAAUACUGCCUUGGCUAAUGGGCUCUUAUUUUGAUAUGGACUGAAUCACAGCCACAAUCAAAACCACAACAUAUUCAAUCCAACGUCAUUGGAUAUUGUAUUUUAAAAAUGCAAUAUUCAAUUUUGAAUGUAACUUUUAAUAUAAUGAUAAAUAAUGAUUUUUUAAAAGUGUAAAACAAGCCUAUUAUUUUAAAGGAUUUUAGAAGACUUGGUGAUUGGAAAAUCUGCUAUAUGACCCUCUAAGCUUAAAAUGUGACAUUUGGAUUUUAAUCAAGUUCGCAGCUUUUGAAACUUGAUAUUUGAAGGCGUGAGGUCUAUACUGUACCGCUGCAUUUGUGUUU